AAUUUUAAAAAUUUUCAGUUAUCUUUUAAAUUUGAUAUAAUAAUCCUUUUAAAUUUUCACCUUAUAAGUUUUUUCAUACAGUGUUUUAACUUUACAUUAGUUCUUCAAACCAAUCUGGAUGAAAUUUGGAGCUGUACAGUAGGUUGAUAUGCUUGCCCUUUUUAUAUAUAGAGCCCUGAUAAACUACUGGUAAAGUUGGUAAGACUUUUAUUUGAGAACUGAUUUAAAAAUUGAUAUGAAUUUGUUGACUAAAAAUUACUAUCUUGCUUUAAAGCAUUUUGCACCAUCAGUCAUCCCAACCAAAUGGUAAUUAUGAGCAAUGGCCAAGGUUCUGUUAUUAGAUUAAUUUCAUCAGGUUGCUUUUUUAAUUUCUACUUAUACUGGUGAUCCUUCAACAUGAACUGCCCAAAAGCAUACCUCUAUUCUGUUCAGCAAAUAGUUGCAUGUUUCCAUGGUGCAAGAAUACUCUAAUUCCUGUGUUCAUUAACUCCCAAAAAAAUUGCAGCUGUUUCUUUCAGUUCCCCUAUUUGCUCAUUAAAAAGGUGUUAGUAGUCCAAUUAUAUUGUCAUAUUAUAAUGUUUUAAGCAGUCAUCUUUCUGGACUCUAUUAUUUUGAGUUGUACAGUUGAAGGUAUUAGCUAUUCUAUAUUUUUUUUAGGUGAGCUAGACAGUAUUUUGCUUGUAUUGUGCUCUGUAGUGUUAGCCCCUUGGUUGGGCUCUACUACUUUGAUUUGGUUGAAGGCUGAGUUGCUGUACUAGCAUGAAGAUUUGGUGGAUGUGCCGAGAAGCUUAGAGGAAACACUUUGAUAGAUGUACGAUGAAGCAACCAGCCUAUAUUUCUUUCAACCUCAGCAAAUCUGUUUUCCUUUGAAGGUGGUAUCUAAUCUUUUGACGGUCGCCUAAGAACUAUUGAAGUUAUCUUGGCAGCAGGUCUGUAUCCUGGAGAUGCUUGGCAACGCUUGGUGGUUGCACUGACAUGUUUGCGAUCCUUCCAGCUGUCCAUGUGAUGCAGUACUCUUAAGGUGAUAUUUUGUGGUUCCGCCGUUUGGAAUUUGUUUGGCAGAUGCUCGUUUUUUGAACAAGGGCAAUUCCCCAUUACAACUAUUAUAUAUUUUUAAUAGGGGUUGGGGGAGGGGAGCUGUGGGGCGAACAAAAUAUGCCCCAGUGAUGUUCUCACUGAUGAACGUUGCCACUCUGGUCAUGACGUGGAGAAUGGCAGAUGCUCAUUCUGAGGUAUAGGUUGAUUGUACACCCAAUUUUUUUUACAUAGUGAAAAGUUGAAGUGGACUUCGGUCCCGUGGUUUUUCUCCCUCGUAAGAGGGAGUUUUCCACGUAAAUUUUGGCGUUCUUUAUUUUAAUAUAUUAUUAUUAUUAUUAUUAUUAUUAUUACUAUUAUUAUUUUUCGCUGUGUGCUGCCUCUGCAGUGCCAGGGUUUUGAAUUUGGGCAAGUAAUUUUAGUGAGAUCGAUUUCUUUUUAAAAAAAAUUAUAUUUUAUU